UAGAGAGGCGGGAACAUGGGCGGAAACGGACAAGGUCAGGUGACGUCAGGAGGGGUAGAGAGAAGAAAACCUCUUGUGAAUGAGCCCAUUAGAGCUAUGGCAAAACGUCGUGGACCUUAUCAAAGAUAUUUGGAGGAUUAUACAGCAGAUGUCCCAAGGAGUACCAAGCACAGAUGGAAAGUAAAAAAUACUGGCUGUAAUGUUGACAGCAACACAGACGAUCCCAUGAGUAACACUUUGACUGAUGGAGAGGAAGAACCCAGCAGUUCCAGCAAUGAGGACGAACUCAAUAAUGACAACUCUUCCACAACUACCAUGAUUGAUAUAAUACAAAAGAAUGAUAACAAAAUGAACACAGAAGAACACUGUAUGGACACUUCCACUAGUGAAGGGGAAGAUGAGGAACUCAGUACUGAGAGCAUGACCACAUGCAUUUUGGAUGUACACAUUCCAGAGAAUGAAGAAGCUGUGUCAUAUUCUGAAGACAACUUGACUGAUACGUCUAGUAAUCAAGGUGAAAACCAUGCUGAUGAUGAAGACAUGAUGGAGGGGAAUAAUGCUGGAGAAAAGACACCCAAACUUAAAGCGGGCUCUGAAGACCAAGCAGAUGGUGACAACCCCCUAUAUCCUGGUGCAUCUAUUUCAAAGGGAGAAAGUCUACUGAUGCUAAUGUCUUAUGUGCUGCGACACAACUUAACUGGCAAGGCAGUUACUCACUUACUGGAAAUGUUUAACCUAAUGUUUCCAGGUCUGAUUCCAUCCUCACACUACCUUUUCCACAAAGAAUUUAAAGGUUCAUCUCAAUCUGAAAUUCACUUUUAUUGUGAAAAAUGCCUUGCAUACCUUGGCAAUAGUGCACACUGUAACUCUCAGUGUACCCUUUGCAACAAAGCGUUUGAUGCCAACAGAAGUUUAAAAAAUGGCUUCUACUUUCUGGUAAUUCCCCUUCAUGCACAGAUUAAACAACUUCUGCAAGAACUUGAUGUAAGCCUUACAGAUAAAACUAGGUCCUCUGGUGUUUUAACUGACAUACAGUCUGGUGAAGAGUAUCAGAAAUUGGUGGCCAAUGAAGUUCUUGGAAAAGAUGAUUUGACUCUGAUUUGGAAUUGUGAUGGUGCACCAGUGUUCAAAAGCUCAAAAUGCAGCAUUUGGCCAAUUCAGUCCCAGAUAAUUGAACUGGAACCUGAAGAAAGAAAACGGCACAUUUUGAUGUCAGCAUUAUGGUUUGGGCCAGCUAAACCAUCAAUGAUUACUUUGCUGACACCAUUUGUUGAAGAAGCUGCAAAAUUAGAGGCUGAUGGUAUUGCCUGGCAAGACAGAAAGGGACACAGUCAUGUUUCCAAAGUGUUUGUGCUGAUUUGUUCCUCUGAUUCUGUGGCUCGUCCAUUGCUUCGCAACACUAAACAGUUCAACGGCUUUUACGGCUGUGAUUUUUGCUUGCACAAAGGAGGUAAGACGUAUCCAUAUGAACAACCUGAACCCCCACUUAGAAAUGAGAGGGAUCAUUACAGUCAUGCAAUGUCAGGUACAACUGAUGAGCCAGUGUGUGGUGUCAAGGGGCCAUCUCCUUUAAUGCAGCUUCAACAUUUCCAAAUGAUAAAUGGCUUCAUUCCUGACUACCAGCACAAUGUGUGCCUUGGAAUCACUCGGCAGCUCUCUACACUUUGGUUUGAUUCAUCAAACAAAGAUUCACCCUGGUUCAUAGGUAAAGAGAUUAAUGAAGUUGACAGGCGACUUGCAAAAAUAAAACCACCUGUUGAAAUUACAAGGACAACAAGAUCACUGUCUGAACGGAAGUUCUGGAAAGCUUCAGAGUGGCGUGCAUUCCUCCUUUUCUAUUCUCUACCUGUAUUGAAAGGCAUACUCCCUGCAAGAUUUUGGAACCAUCUGUUCCUACUUGUGUUUGGCAUAUAUACACUAUUGCAGCAUACUAUAAAGACUGAAAGCAUUUUGGUCGCCGAGCUAGCUCUAAAAAAAUUUGUGAUUGUGUUCCAAAGACUGUAUGGAAAAAAUAACAUGACUUUUAAUAUCCAUUUGCUAACACACACUGCUCACAGUGUAAAACAAUGGGGGCCAUUGUGGGCUACAUCAACGUUUUCAUUUGAAUCAAAUAUGGGCACACUCAAGAAGUAUUUUAAUGGAACACAGUAUGUCCCCUCACAAAUAGUCAGAACAUUUCUGUUGUGGAGAGAAUUACCAGAAAGGGCCAAGAACACUAUCCCUCCAGAAAAUGAAAAGGUUCGAUCUUUUUUUGAGGAACUUUACUUUAACAAAAGAAAAACUGAAAGUUGUAAAGUACUAACUGAAAGUGUUAGGGGUUUUGGUAAUCCAACAAUGCAAAAAUCUAUCAAAAUUUCGUAUAGGCUUGCAAUUGCAAAGUUGUGUGGAAAUCUAAGCAACUGCUUCUGGUCUUUCAACCGUUUUUUGGUCAAUGGAGUUCUGUAUCAUAGUCAAAAGUAUGACAAAUUGAAAAAGAGAUACAACAGUGCUGUAUGCUUAAAAGACGGAACACUUUGUUUAACAAAUGACUUGGUUAUUUUUAAACAAAAAUGUUCACAUGAAAUUUCUGCUUUGUGUUCUUGUACCAAAAUGUGUUGUGUUUUAGUUGAAGUACUUGCUAAAUUAGACAGACCUGUAUGUAAAGAUUCACAGAUCAACAUACAAAGUACUUUCUUAUUUGAGGUUAAAAAAACUGAAACUGUUAACGCUGUGUGGCCUGACAUGCUUCUAACCAAAUGUGUUCUUGUUGAAAGAGAUGAUGCUUUGUACAUAACACCAUUGCCAAAUGCUUUUGAGAGAGACUAGAACUUGACCAAUAAAGUCAGUCAAAUGUU